UGGAAUCGACCAGGGUAUACAUGUCACGUGCAUAGUGACGUUCCAUACAACGCAGACGUUAACUUGACAUCUACAUCAUCCUAGAUAAUCAGUAUGCCUCGAGUUGUCAAGCCCCCUGUGAAGGCUGCUUGCCUUCCAUGCCGAUCUUCAAAGACCCGUUGCGACGGUCAUCAACCCUGUGGUGUUUGCACAGGCAAGAAAAGAGAUUGCUAUUACCAGCCUAGUCGCCGGGGUGGUCCUCGGAGAGGAGCCCGAUAUGAAGAGGCACAGCGCAAAUCGACUACAUCCGGCACUUCGAUAUCUGAUGUGGCUGAAGAAUUUGAACCAUUCCUGGACAACAUGAUCGGCCUGGUAUCGCCAUUUGCCGGUAUCCACAACCUGGAUCUAUCACCAGAGGCUCUCUCUGUUGGAGAUGGAGCUCAGCAAAUUUGGGGCCAGCUUACUCCACAUGCGGACAGCGUUCUGGACUUAGCCACUCAAGCUGGGACUGAAUCACCAAUGAUGCGCGCUUAUCAUUCCGAAGGAGACAUUGUCAAUUCCUACUACCUCUAUCUUCAUUCAUAUCUUCCAUUGCUACCACCCCCAGUGACGCCUCAGUAUGAAGAUCGACCAACGGUGAUCCAGCCUUUCGGAGAAAACUCCCAGGCAGAGAAGUCCCAAAUACCACAUUGGCCAGAGUCAUCACUGGCCCUAGCCUUAUCCGCCAUGUUGGUUCUAAUACCUGUUGCUGAAGAUCAACUACCGACGACCGAUACAAGUCUCACACUGAGGCGGUCGUAUGCGCAGCUCUUUGCCCAGACAGCGUUGGCUGCCGUAGAGAAAGAGAUCGACGACCUGUCACCUGGAUUGACUGCAGUGUCUGACACGGAUUCGUCUGAAGUGCGAAGCUCUUUGCAUCCUCGGUUGCCUGCUCAGCUUGAACCGAUCCUGGCUCUUGUUGUCCUUGGUGUCUAUGAGUAUAUCCAGCGAGGCAACAUUUCAAGGAUUCGGGCUCGGGUCAACCAGGCCAUUACAACGGCUAUGGACAUAUCUCUUCACAGUCUUGACGACACAGUAACUGAAUUUUCCGAGGCACAGAGACGAGCCUGGUGGAUGACGUCAUGGUCGACUUACCUAUCGUCAAAUAUCAAUCUUGCGCCCCCAAUUAUUUCUUCCGACGACCCACGAAUUACGACUCCUUAUCCUAAAUUUGAUGUCUACUUACAGCCAUGGCCCAUGAUUAUGAAAGCACAAGAAGCUCUUUUCGAAGCCAACAAAAUGGUGCAGAAUAUCGAACGUGUAGAUGAAACGACCGAUUUAUCCGACUUUAGCGGCCGAAUACAGCGAUUGGACUCAAAGAUCGUAUCUCUGAUGUCUGAAGCAGACCGCCACCUUUUGGCGACGUUCGAUGAAACACCCGAAGCACCUGUGGCUCAAACAAUGUGGAUGAUCAGCCGCUUAUUUAUCCAUACUGCUCGCGUACGGCUCCAUCGGUUCAGAGCCUUUAUGGAUAUCCCACUCUUCCUAGACAAAUACUGCGAUCUCACAUCAAUAAACAGCCACGGGUUCUCGCCGAAUAUGUGCACACCAAAGUGGGCAACAGACAGCGAAAAUCCGUUCCCAUUCACUGAACAAGAAUCCUCAAAUAUUUGUCUCAAGUCGUCACUCGCGAUAGCCUCAAUAUUCCGCUCUCUCUCAUCUCCAACUUCCCUUGGCAGUCAAAAUAGGGAAGUACAACCUCCACUGGCAGGCAGACAUAAUUCAUCAUUUGGAUCCGUCAUAUAUCCUAGAAUAAUCCCUGUCUUUGCAUGCUCGGCCAUGCAAGGCUGUUAUGCUCUUCUCAUGCUACUGCACCGGAUCCGCGCCUGUAUGGCGACAGAUCGGCUUGCGACUUGUUAUCAUCUUCUCAAUAAGCCCAGCCCUGCGUCGGAGAUUUCUGAUGUUGAGAGAUUGACCGAGGAAUUGCGGCAUGGUGUGGAAAUCCUUGUUCGGUCUAUGAAGUCUGCUGUGAUUUUUGAAGGUGUUGGGGGUAUGGGUCGUGAGAUUGAGGGCGCUUAUUUGGCUGCUUUUCCUGAUUGUCCUGGGAUAUAAAAGUGGUUUCCAGCGGAUGUAUUACUCUUCGCAAACCGAAAAUAUUUUCCAUUCGAGGAUCAUCGUAG